CAGAAUUUUAUGAUUAGAAAUGACUAACCAAGAUUCCGCGAUAAGAAAAUCGUUCAAGUUCAGCGAAGUUUCCAUGAAUUUGAACGGGCUAUUACCCGGAGAAAAAUACCAAUUAUUGUAUACAAUUUAUUCGUACGUAUUGUUGAUCAUAUACAUAAUAAUGAUACCAGUUUUGGGUUAUAUGAACAUUAUUAUGGCCAAGCCCGGUAGUAGAGUGGAUUUGUUCCAGAAGAGUUUUGUCUACUUGGAAUUGUUCAUUUCGGUGUUCAAACAUUGGCCGUUUAUCACGAAACCGGACCAAACUAAAAGGUUACUCAACCGAUGGAAUGAAAGUAUUUUCAAUACAGAUGUGGAUAUUGAUAAACACAUCAUUCAUGAAUCGAUUAGAAGAUUCAAACUUAUGAGGUUCCUGUUUUUCUUGAUGACCGUAAUGUCUCCUUUGUUGCUUAUACAGUCUAUUAUAUUUUCAUCUCAUGAUGAUUUGAAAUUACCUAUCUGGGUACCUGUGGACAUUUAUAAUAAUACAAUGUUGUAUACUAUCACAAAUGUAUACGUCGUAACAGGCUACAUACAUGGGGUUUUUGGAUAUUUUUCGGUAGAUUUUCUGAUAGCUGGUUACAUAUUGUAUUGUGCAACACAAAUUAGGCUUAUUAAAUUCAAACUAGAGAAUAUGGAUAAAUAUGUUGAAAAGGAAGCAAUAAUUGAUCCACAGAAAACAACUACCGAUGGUUUGCCUCAUAAAAAGAUUUAUGACCAAAUUAUUCAGUGUAUCAAAGUGUAUGAUGCUGUCUUUGGACAUGCUCAAGAGUUGGAAAAUGUUUAUUCCAUUGGAAUAUUUUCCCAAUUUUUUGUUGGUUCAAUGGUACUUUCUAUUUGUAUGUACAACUUAUCAAAGGUAAAUACACUUAUGAAUCUGGCAUACGUUUUAUCUUUUUUAAUACCCACGGCAUUGUUGUUAUAUUUAUAUUGUGAUCAAGGAACUCUUAUCAUUGAAGAGAGUACAACAAUUGGAGCAGCAAUUUUCAAAAGUCCCUGGUACACUUACGAUAAAAAGACCAAAAUGUUACUGUACACUUUUAUGGAACGAACAAAGAAACCUAUUAAGUUUACAGUGGGUAAAUUAGUGGAUUUAUCAUUGGAAACAUUCGUUGUGAUCAUAAAUCGAUCCUAUUCACUACUUGCUUUGCUUAAAAAUGUCUAUUGAAUUCACAUGAAUCGACAGAGUCCACAACGAUUGACGAGUAAAAAACACUGUGCAAGAUCGCAGCUUUUAUUAUUAUAUUUUAGUUUCCAGCUUUAACUUAUAGCUACAUCAUUUAUUCCAUGCCUGUUUUCAUUUCAUCAAAAGGUAGAUGAAAAAUAGUACAGCAAAACUUAUAAAUGUUUUUAGUUCAAAAUACUUUUAUAACAAGCUCUACUAUACAGUAAGCUUUGUAAGCUUGUAAUUAGUGUACACUACUAAGAAUGCAAAGUAA